AUGGCCGUUGUCGUGAGCAGCGAUCCCACAGCGAUCGCUUCUAGAACAUUGCAUUACAAUGCCUUCCUCGCCAGUCACAGCGUGUCGCGUCAGGAAGUGCGUUUUCCACCGCGCGGCAGUAGAGCAUUUUGCGGUAAAUCCGCAAAUGUUUUAGCGGCGACAGCUCGAGCCGUGCACAGCCCUUGCAGCCAGCCCCACGCCCACCAGCCCAACCUCUCUUCCGCAUCCAGCCCGUCCCGUCCCGACCGAUGGCUGAUCGGCAGCUCACAAUCCGCCGCCGAGUCGCCGUUCGUGGAGGUGAGGGACGCGCGGCCGUGGGACUGGCGGAUCGCCGAGAGCGGCGGCAGCGGAGGAGCGCCACGCCGCGAGGAGGAGCCGUCGUCCGACGAGUGCCGAUCUCGAGCGCUGCCCGGAGUGGACGGCGCGCUGCAGCUGCUCGCUGACGCUGACGCAGCGAUGAUGUCAGACGUAUCAGGCAUAAACCCUGAGCCCUGCUCCGCUGUAGAUUCCGAGCGCACGGCGGAAGGGGAAUCGAGCUGGAGCGAGCGACGCAGCUUGGUUGCAGAGGCCGUUGACGACGACGCGGACGACAUUCCCGAGGUGGACAUCGCGGAUCGCCUGCCCGAGCUGCGCGAAAUGCUGGAGCUGCUGCGGGCCAAGGCGCAGCAGAAGGGGCGGGCGCAAGCGGAUGGCGGGGCGCGGGGCGAGGGCCCUGGGAAUGUUUUUCUGGUUGGCACCGGGCCUGGCGACCCCGACCUGCUCACUCGUCAGUUCCCCAACCGCCCUUUCCUUUUCCACCUUCUCCUCCCACUCCCAUCCCCUCUCCCUCCUUCAACCCCGCUUCCCUACCCUACCCCCCUCCUCUACCCCCCGCUUCGAUCGCGCUGCUCUCAUGCUGCCCUACUAAAGGCGGUGCGCGCGCUGCAGUCCGCGGACCUCGUGCUCUACGACCGCCUGGUCUCCCCCGCCAUCCUGCGCCUGGCCGCGCCGUCCGCGCGGCUGCUGUACGUGGGGAAGGCGGCGGGGUACCACACGCGCACGCAGGCGGAGAUCCUGCACCUGCUGCUCGCCUUCGCGGAGGUGGGCGCGGUGGUGGUGCGCCUCAAGGGCGGCGACCCGCUGGUGUUCGGGCGGGGCGGCGAGGAGAUGGAGCACCUGCAGGCGCACGGCAUCCGCGUGCACAUCGUGCCCGGCAUCACCGCCGCCUCUGGCAUCGCUGCUGACCUGGGCGUGCCUCUCACCCACCGCGGCGUUGCCAACAGUGUGCGGUUCCUAACGGGGCACAAGCGAAAGGGAGGUGGCGACCCGCUGUACGCGGCCAGCACAGUGGCGGACCCCGACGCCACCCUCGUGGUCUACAUGGGCCUCGCCACGCUGCCCGGCCUUGCCGCCCGCCUGCUGGCCAAUGGGCUGCCGGCUGACACUCCUUCUGUGGCUGUGGAGCGAGGCACCACCACUGCUCAGCGCACUGUGUUUGCCACGCUGGAGGAUCUGCCAGCAGCCGUGUCAGCGGCCCAACUCGUCUCACCCACACUCAUUAUCAUUGGCCAGCAAACCGACGAGCGAGCGGCCAUGGAGGCGGCGAUGGAUCUGGCCGGUGCGACGGUAUCAACGGUCGUCAAGGCAGCAAAAGCGGUGAAGGCGAGAUUCGAAGCCAAGGACGAGGUGGUGUGGCUGGGCUUUGACUGGCUGCACAUGAGCCGCUCGUCGUGGCGCCACGUGCUGCUCGUCGCCUACUCAACCGGCUUCCACGUGUGGGACCUGCCCGCCGCCUCCCCACCCCGCACCCCCGCUACCACCAGCAGCGCCGAUGUUAAAGGGGACAGCCGCAGCAGCAACAGCAGCGGUGUUAGUGCGACUGUGCCGGCACCCUCGCAGCUGGUGUCGUGGCGUGGCGAGCGUGUGUCCAUGCUAGGGGUGGGGAGAGAAGUGAGUGGCAGCGGUGGUUCUGACUGGGAGGGAGUGCAGCAGGGGAGUGGUGAGGGCGCACAGGGGGGCGAGCAGGGUUGGGAGCCAAAGCAGGAGCGGGGAGAUGCGUCAGAGGGGGAGCAGCAGUGCGCGGGAAGGAUGACAGAACAGGCAGCUGGGCAGGAGGUGGAGGGUGGUGCAGGACGGUGUGGGAGGUGCAAUGGCGCGGCGCACACAAGGAGAAGCAUAACGGGGAGCGCUGCAGGCACUGGCAGUAUAAAUCCGCGGGUUACAAGAGUGGCGCUGUACUCGCUGCGGCAGCAUGCCAUAGUGGGCAGCUUGGAGUUGGAGGGGCCGGUGGUGGGUGUGAGGGCGAGUGGCAGGGCGAUAGUGGUGGUGCAGAGGGAGCAGCUCUUCUGUUACAGCCCCACCGCCCUCACCCCCACCUUCUCCCUCCUCACGCACCCCAUCCCUCACGCCCUCCUCCCGCCAUCUUUCGCCGAUUACCCCUCACCUGAGCACUCCAAAAACCUUUCCACAUUGGGAUCUUCACACCCCUCCGUGUCCGCCUCGACUUCAGUCUCCUUCAAUCUUCCACCCGCCUCCAUUCCGCUUGCCCUGGGGCCUCGCUGGCUGGCCUAUGCUGCCCCACACACUCCCUCCUCGCCACCACGCUCCCCCACCCUCCUCCACUCCACGCUCUCCCCCCUUCGCCCUGCACCAGUGCUCGCCCCCUCUCACCCGCACAUCAUGGUGCAUGACCUUGUCUCCCGCCAGCCAAUUGCGUGCUUCCCCGCUCUCGAAACAUGGCCUCUCGCGGUGUUGCAGUUCGACCCGCUAGGCAUGCUGCUGGCGGCCGCCUCCCUGCACGGCACCACGGUGGGUGUGUGGCGCAUAGACGGCCGCCCCAGGGGGUGGCAGCAGCAGCAACGACUGCAGCAGUGGGGGGAUGGAUCGAUGGCAGGGGAAGGGGGAGCAGUGCUACUGUACCGGCUGCAGCGUGGGCUCACAAACUCGUCUAGAGCAGACAUGGAUGCUUUGGCUAUCCGCAGCUCGCUGGUCGCGGCUCCUCAUCUAGCACAGAGCCGCGCCGCCCUUCCCGUGCGGAGGACAGUCAGACUGGUCGCCCCAUCGUCGCUUCCGCGCAUUGCUCGCCGUCAGGCGGUGCGCUGCUCCGCGUCACUAUCAGCGGCCGAUCUCGAACGGCUUGGACCCAAUGGAUACGGCAACGUCGUGGAAAUUACGAGCCGAGAGGAGUUCUACGAUCAAGUUGCCAAGGCUGGCGAUAAGCUGGUGGUGCUGGACAUUUCGACGCGGACGUGCGGGCCGUGCAAGUUCAUCUUCCCCAAGGUGGUGGAGCUCAGCCUCGAGCACCCCAACGCCGUCUUCCUCAAGAUCAAUGGCGACCACGACGACGGCACCAAGGCACUGAUGCGCGAGUGGGGCGUGCGGGCGGUGCCCAACUUCCGUUUCUUCCGCGGGGGCGAGCUGGUGCACAGCCACACGGGUGCCAAGGCGCCGUCCGGGCCGCGGCACCCGCUGGAGGUGAACACGCUGAAGCACGGCGACGCCGUCACGGGCCUCUGCUUCUCGCACGAUGGCUCCGCGCUCGCCACUGCGUGUGGCGAUGGAGUGGUGCGAGUGUACACCAUUGACGACGUCACAGCCAAGAGCAUCAAGUUCCGGCGGAUAAACACGUGGCCGGGGGUGCAUCCAGUGGGCGUGGCGUUCGGCAUGUCGCCCAUGGAGGUGGCCGUGUCGGGCACCAGCCCCUACGGCAGCUGCAUGCGCUUCUACGGCCCCGCCACAGGGAGGGCGUUGGAGGAGGCGCGCAAGGAGGGCAAGCAGGCGCCAGUGGAGGUGAAGUGGGAGCAGCGGCCGGCACACGGCAACAAGGCCAUCAUCGCCAUCACCUCCGCCAUCUCCUCCCAGGGGUCUGGUGACGGCACUGCUGUCAUUGCCACGUCAUCAGAAGCAACGGACGUGGUGGUGUGGGGGGCGGGGGACGGCAAGGUGGUGGGGGAGGUGGACUCCAACCAGCUGCGCAACACCAUGGUCGCCCUCUCGCCCGAUGGCAGGUUCCUCGCUAUCGCAGCCUUCACAGCAGACGUGAAGAUAUGGGAGCUCGUGUACGGACGGGAUGGAGCCAUUCAAAGUGUGACACGUGUCAUGCAGCUCAAGGGCCACAAGAGUGCGGUGACAUGGCUGGCAUUCACAUGGGACAGCAAGGGCAUGGUCACGGCAUCCAAGGACGGCACCAUCAAGAUGUGGAACAUCGAUGUGCGCUACCACCUGGACGAGGACCCCAAGUGCCGCCGCACCUUCCCCAUCCUGCCGCUGCCCUCCACCACCACACCAGAGGCCGCAGCCGCAGCCGAUGCAGCAGCAGCUGGCCCAGCCGGCAAGAAGGGCAAGAAGCCUGCAGCCCCAGCACUGCCCCUGCUGGACAGAAUAGCCGUCAGCCCAGACGGGCGCCUGCUGGCUGUGGCCGUGGGAGCGGCGCUGCUGUGGUAUGAGCUGGAGGGGGGCAGCAUUGUCACGGCAGACGAGCAGGCUCACAGCGAUGUGAUUACGUGGAUGGCGUGGUCGCCCAAACCAGUCCCCAUUGCUGGGCAAUUGAAGCCAGUGCACAUACUUGCUACAGCAAGUGCAGACAAGAAGCUGAAGCUUUGGAAGGCACCAGAACUAUGA